CCAAAAAGAAAACAGAAGAAGAAGAAGUAGCCUGAUCAUGCGAACAUCUCCAGAAUGGGUACCCAAGUGAAAGAUGUCAUCAUUAAGCCUGACGCCCCCAGCUCUCUGCUGCUGGACAAACAUGCAGACUACAUCGCGGCCUACGGCUCCAAAAAGGAUGACUAUGAGUACACACUGUCAGAGUACCUGCGGAUGAGCGGCAUCUACUGGGGUCUGACGGUGAUGGACCUGAUGGCGCAGCUGCCCCGGAUGAACCGGCCGGAGAUCGUAGACUUCAUCAAAUCCUGUCAGCACGAGUGUGGAGGCCUCAGCGCCAGCAUCGGACACGACCCCCACCUGCUGUACACCCUCAGCGCCGUGCAGAUCCUGUGCUUGUACGACAGUGUGGAUGCUCUCGAUGUGGACAAAGUGGUGGAGUACAUCAAAGGGCUGCAGCAGGAAGACGGAUCCUUUGCAGGAGACAAAUGGGGUGAGCCAGACUUACUCUGAUUAAUGUCUCGAGAAACAUUUGCUCCUCCAUCCAAAAAGUGAUUUUGAGAUGGAAUCAGAGGACAGUGACACUGCUAUGAGUGAAGAAGAGGCAGAAGAAGAUGCCUGUGGACAAGUGGACAAAGAAAGCCAACAACAAUCCAUCCCUCAUGUACUUAUGUUCAUAUAAUAACUUGCUUUAUAUUUUGUUUUUGUCAUUGUUAAUGUGUAAAGUCAACAUGUAUAUUUUCUACUUUCUUGUUUAUUU